AUGCCCCAUUCUCCCGCAUUCCAUCACCCCGCCCCAUUCUCCCGCUUUCCAUCACCCGGCCCCAUUCUCCCGCUUUCCAUCACCGCGCCCCAUUCUCCCGCUUUCCAUCAGCCCGCCCCAUUCUCCCGCGUUCCAUCUCCCCAUCCCAUUCUCCCUCCUUCCAUCACCCCGCCCCAUUCUCCCGCUUUCAAUCAACCUGCUCCAUUAUCCCGCCCGAUUAUCCCUCCUUCCAUCACCCCGCCCCAUUCUCCCUCCUUCCAUCAACCCACCCCAUUCUCCCUCCUUCCAUCACCCUGCCCCAUUCUCCCGCUUUCCAUCACCCCACCCCAUUCUCUCGCUUUCCAUCACCCCGCCCCAUUCUCCCGCUUUCCAUCACCCUGCCCCAUUCUCCCGCUUUCCAUCUCCCCGCCCCUUUCUCCCGCUUUCCAUCGCCCCGCCCCAUUCUCCCGCUUUCAAUCUCCCCGCCCCAUUCUCUCGCAUUCCAUCACCCCGCCCCAUUCUCCCGCUUUCCAUCACCCCGCCCCAUUCUCCCGCUUUCCAUCACCCCGCCCCAUUCUCCCGCUCUCCAUCACCCCGCCCCAUUAUCCCGCUUUCCAUCAACCCGCCCGAUUUUCCCGCUUUCCAUCACCCGGCCCCAUUCUCCCGCUUUCUAUCACCCCGCCCCAUUCUCCCGCUUUCCAUCACCCCGCCCCAUUCUCCAGCUUUCCAUCACCCCGCCCCAUUCCACCGCUUUCCAUCACCCUGCCCCAUUCUCCCUUCUUCCAUCACCCCGCCCCAUUCUCCCUCCUUCCAUCACCCCGCCCCAUUCUCCCGCUUUCCAUCACCCCGGCCCAUUCUCCCGCUUUCCAUCACCCCGGCCCAUUCUCCCACUUUCCAUCACCCUGCCCCAUUCUCCCGCUUUCCAUCACCCCGCCCCGUUCUCCCUCCUUCCAUCACCCCGCCCCAUUCUCCCGCUUUCCAUCACCCGCCCCAUUUUCCCGCUUUCCAUCACCACGCCCCAUUCUCCCGCUUUCCAUCACCCCACCCCAUUCUCCCGCUUUCCAUCACCCCGCCCCAUUCUCCCGCUUUCCAUCACCCCGCCACAUUCUCCCGCUUUCCAUCACCCCGCCCCAUUCUCCCGCUUUCCAUCACCCCGCCCCAUUCUCCCGCUUUCCAUCACCACGCCCCAUUCUCCCGCUUUCCAUCACCCCGCCCCGUACUCCUGCUUUCCAUCACCCUGCCCCAUCCUCCCUCCUUCCAUCACCUCGGCCCGUUCCCCCAGAUUCCAUCACCCUAUCCCUUUCUCCCGCUUUCCAUCUCCCCGCCCCAUUCUCCCGCUUUACAUCACCCCGCCCCAUUCUCCCGCUUUCCAUCACCCCGCACCAUUCUCCCGCUUUCCAUCACCCCGACCCAUUCUCCCUCCUUCCAUUACCACGGCCCAUUCUAGCUCCUUCCAUCACCCCGCCCCAUUCUCCCGCUUUCCAUCACCCCGCCCCAUUCUCCCGCUUUCCAUCACCCCACCCCAUUCUCCCUCCUUCCAUCACCCCGCCCCAUUCUCCCGCUUUCCAUCACCCCGCCCCAUUCUCCCGCUUUCCAUCACCCCAUCCCAUUCUCCCGCUUUCCAUCACCCCGCCCCAUUCUCCCGCUUUCCAUCACCCCGCCCCAUUCUCCCGCUUUCCAUCACCCCGCCCCAUUCUCCAGCUUUCCAUCACCUCACCUCAUUCUCCCUCCUUCAAUCACCCCGCCCCAUUCUCCCUCCUUCCAUCAACCCGCCCCAUUCUCCCUCUUUCCAUCACCCCGCCCCAUUCUCCCGCUUUCCAUCACCCUGUCCCAUUCUCCCGCUUUCCAUCACCCCGCCCCAUUCUCCCGCUUUCCAUCACCCCGCCCCAUUCUCCUGCUUUCUAUCACCCCGCCCCAUUCUCCCGCUUUCCAUCACCCCGCCCCAUUCUCCCACUUUCUAUCACUCCACCCCAUUCUCCCUCCUUCCAUCACCCCGCCCCAUUCUCCCGAUUUCCAUCACCCCGCCCCAUUCUCCCGCUUUCCAUCACCCCGCCCCAUUCUCCCGAUUUCCAUCACCCCGCCCCAUUCUCCCGCUUUCCAUCACCCCACCCCAUUCUCCCUCCUUCCAUCACCCCGCCCCAUUCUCCCGCUUUCCAUCACCCCGCCCCAUUCUCCCGCUUUCCAUCACCCCAUCCCAUUCUCCCGCUUUCCAUCACCCCGCCCCAUUCUCCCGCUUUCCAUCACCCCGCCCCAUUCUCCCGCUUUCCAUCACCCCGCCCCAUUCUCCAGCUUUCCAUCACCUCACCUCAUUCUCCCUCCUUCAAUCACCCCGCCCCAUUCUCCCUCCUUCCAUCAACCCGCCCCAUUCUCCCUCUUUCCAUCACCCCGCCCCAUUCUCCCGCUUUCCAUCACCCUGUCCCAUUCUCCCGCUUUCCAUCACCCCGCCCCAUUCUCCCGCUUUCCAUCACCCCGCCCCAUUCUCCUGCUUUCUAUCACCCCGCCCCAUUCUCCCGCUUUCCAUCACCCCGCCCCAUUCUCCCACUUUCUAUCACUCCACCCCAUUCUCCCUCCUUCCAUCACCCCGCCCCAUUCUCCCGAUUUCCAUCACCCCGCCCCAUUCUCCCGCUUUCCAUCACCCCGCCCCAUUCUCCCGAUUUCCAUCACCCCGCCCCAUUCUCCCGCUUUCCAUCAACCCGCCGCAUUCUCCCUCUUUCCAUCACCCAGCCCCAUUCUCCCUUAUUCCAUUACCCUGCCCCGUUCUCCCUCUUUCCAUCACCCCGCCCCGUUCUCCCUCUUUCCAUCACCCCGCCCCAUUCUCCUGCUUUCUAUCACCCCGCCCCAUUCUCCCGCUUUCCAUCACCCCGCCCCAUUCUCCCACUUUCCAUCACCCCGCCCCAUUCUUCCGCUUUCCAUCACCCCCCGCUUUCCAUCACCCCGCCCCAUUCUCCCUCUUUCCAUAACCCCGCCCCUUUCUCCCGCUUUCCAUCACCCCGCCCCAUUCUCCUUCAUUCCAUCGCCCCGCCCCAUUCUCCCUCUUUCCAUCACCUUGCUCCAUUCUCCCGCUUUCCAUCACUCCGCCCCAUUCUCCCUCUUUCCAUCGCCCCGCCGCAUUCUUCCUCUUUCCCUCACCCAGCCCCAUUCUCCCUCUUUCCAUCACCCAACCCCAUUCUCCCUCUUUCCAUCACCCCGCCCCAUUCUCUAGCUUUCCAUCACCCCGCCCCAUUCUCCCUCUUUCCAUCAACCCGCCCCAUUCUCCCACUUUCCAUCACCCCGCCCCUUUUUCUCACUUUCCAUCACCCCGCCCCAUUCUCCCUCUUUCCAUCACCCCGCCCCAUUCUCCCUCUUUCCAUCACCCCGCCCCAUUCUCCCACUUUCCAUCACCCCGCCCCUUUUUCUCACUUUUCAUCACCCCGCCCCAUUCUCCCGCUUUCCAUCACCCCGCCCCAUUCUCCCUCUUUCCAUCACCCAGCCCCAUUCUCCCACUUUCCAUCACCCCGCCCCAUUCUCUCGCUUUCCAUCACCCCGCCCCAUUCUCCCUCUUUCCAUCACCCCGCCCCAUUCUCCCACUUUCCAUCACCCCGCCCCUUUUUCUCACUUUCCAUCACCCCGCCCCAUUCUCCCUCUUUCCAUCACCCCGCCCCAUUCUCCCUCUUUCCAUCACCCAGUCCCAUUCUCCCACUUUCCAUCACCCCGACCCAUUCUCCCACUUUCCAUCACCCCGCCCCUUUUUCUCACUUUCCAUCACCCAGCCCCAUUCUCCCUCUUUCCAUCACCCAACCCCAUUCUCCCUCUUUCCAUCACCCCGCCCCAUUCUCUAGCUUUCCAUCACCCCGCCCCAUUCUCCCUCUUUCCAUCACCCCGCCCCAUUCUCCCACUUUCCAUCACCCCGCCCCUUUUUCUCACUUACCAUCACCCCGCCCCAUUCUCCCUCUUUCCAUCAUCCCGCCCCAUUCUCCCUCUUUCCAUCACCCCGCCCCAUUCUCCCACUUUCCAUCACCCCGCCCCUUUUUCUCACUUUUCAUCACCCCGCCCCAUUCUCCCGCUUUCCAUCACCCCGCCCCAUUCUCCCACUUUCCAUCACCCCGCCCCAUUCUCUCGCUUUCCAUCACCCCGCCCCAUUCUCCCGCUUUCCAUCACCCCGCCCCAUUCUCCCACUUUCCAUCACCCCGCCCCUUUUUCUCACUUUCCAUCACCCCGCCCCAUUCUCCCACUUUCCAUCACCCCGCCCCAUUCUCUCGCUUUCCAUCACCCCGCCCCAUUCUCCCGCUUUCCAUCACCCCGCCCCAUUCUCCCACUUUCCAUCACCCCGCCCCUUUUUCUCACUUUCCAUCACCCCGCCCCAUUCUCCCACUUUCCAUCACCCCGCCCCAUUCUCCCACUUUCCAUCACCCCGCCCCUUUUUCUCACUUUCCAUCACCCCGCCCCAUUCUCCCUCUUUCCAUCACCCCGCCCUAUUCUCCCUCUUUCCAUCACCCAGCCCCAUUCUCCCACUUUCCAUCACCCCGCCCCAUUCUCCCGCCUUCCAUCACUCCGCCCCAUUCUCCCUCUUUCCAUCACCCAGCCCCAUUCUCCUGCUGUCCAUCACCCCGCCCCGUUCUCCCUCUUUGCAUUUCCCCGCCCCGUUCUCCCUCUUUCCAUCACCCCACCCCGUUCUCCCGCUUUCCAUCACCCCGCCCCUUUCUCUCACUUUCCAUCACCCCGCCCCAUUCUCCCUCUUUCCAUAACCCCGCCCCAUUCUCCCUCUUUCCAUCACCCCGCCCCAUUCUCCCUCCUUCCAUCACCCCGCCCCAUUCUCCCGAUUUCCAUCACCCCGCCCCAUUCUCCCGCUUUCCAUCACCCCGCCCCACUCUCCCGCUUUCCAUCACCCCGCCCCAUUCUCCCUCUUUCCAUCACCCCGCCCCAGUCUCCUGUUUUCCAUCAACCUCCCCAUUCUCUUGUUUUCCAUCAACCUGCCCCAUUCUCCCACUUUCCAUCACCCCUCCCCAUUCUCCCUCUUUCCAUCACCCCGCCCCAUUCUCCCUCUUUCCAUCAUCCCGCCCUUUUCUCCUGAUUUCCAUCACCCCGCCCCAUUCUCCUGCUUUCCAUCACCCCACCCCAUUCUCCUGCUUUCCAUCACCCCCCCCUAUUCUCCCUCCUUCCAUCAUCCCGACCCAUUCUCCCUCCUUCCAUCACCCCGACCCAUUCUCCCGCUUUUCGUCACCCCGCCCCAUUCUCCCUCUUUUCGUCACCCCGCCCCAUUCUCCCGCUUCCCAUCACCCCGCCCCAAUCUCCCGCUUUCCAUCACCCCGCCCCAUUCUUCUGCUUUCCAUCACCCCGCCCCAUUCUCCGUCCUUCUAUCAUCCCGCCCCAUUCUCUUGCUUUCCAUCACACCGCCUUGAUCUCCCUCUUUCCAUAACCCCGCCUCGUUCUCCCUCUUUCCAUCACCCCGCCCCAUUCUCCCGCUUUCCAUCACCCCGCCCCUUUUUCUCACUUUCCAUCACCCCGCCCCAUUCUCCCUCUUUCCAUCACCCCACCCCAUUCUCCCUCUUUCCAUCACCCAGCCCCAUUCUUCCGCUUCCCAUCACCCCGCCCCGUUCUCCCGCUUUCCAUCACCCCGCCCCAUUCUCCCGCUUUCCAUCAACCCGCCGCAUUCUCCCUCUUUCUAUCACCCAGCCCCAUUCUCCCUUUUUCCAUUAUCCUGCCCCGUUCUCCCUCUUUCCAUCACCCCGCCCCGUUCUCCCUCUUUCCAUCACCCCGCCCCAUUCUUCCGCUUUCCAUCACCCAGCCCCAUUCUCCCUCUUUCCAUCACCCAACCCCAUUCUCCCUCUUUCCAUCACCCCGCCCCAUUCUCCCUCUUUCCAUCACCCCGCCCCAUUCUCCCUCUUUCCAUCACCCCGCCCCAUUCUCUCGCUUUCCAUCACCCCGCCCCAUUCUCCCUCUUUCCAUCACCUCGCCCCAUUCUCCCACUUUCCAUCACCCCGCCCCUUUUUCUCACUUUCCAUAACCCCGCCCCAUUCUCCCUCUUUCCAUCACCCCGCCCCAUUCUCCCUCUUUCCAUCACCCCGCCCCAUUCUCCCACUUUCCAUCACCCCGCCCCUUUUUCUCACUUUCCAUCACCCCGCCCCAUUCUCCCUGUUUCCAUCACCCCGCCCCAUUCUCCCUCUUUCCAUCACCCAGCCCCAUUCUCCCACUUUCCAUCACCCCGCCCCAUUCUCUCGCUUUCCAUCACCCCGCCCCAUUCUCCCUCUUUCAAUCACCCCGCCCCAUUCUCCAACUUUCCAUCACCCCGCCCCUUUUUCUCACUUUCCAUCACCCCGCCCCAUUCUCCCUCUUUCCAUCACCCCGCCCCAUUCUCCCGCUUUCUAUCACCCCGCCCCAUUCUCCCGCUUUCCAUCAACCCGCCGCAUUCUCCCUCUUUCCAUCACCCAGCCCCAUUCUCCCUUUUUCCAUUACCCUGCCCCGUUCUCCCUCUUUCCAUCACCCCGCCCCGUUCUCCCUCUUCCAUCACCCCGCCCCAUUCUCCCGCUUUCCAUCACCCCGCCCCUUUUUCUCACUUUCCAUCACCCCGCCCCAUUCUCCCUCUUUCCAUCACCCCGCCCCAUUCUCCCUCUUUCCAUCACCCAGCCCCAUUCUUCCGCUUCCCAUCACCCCGCCCCGUUCUCCCGCUUUCCAUCACCCCGCCCCAUUCUCCCGCUUUCCAUCAACCCGCCGCAUUCUCCCUCUUUCCAUCACCCAGCCACAUUCUCCCUUUUUCCAUUACCCUGCCCUGUUCUCCCUCUUUCCAUCACCCCGCCCCGUUCUCCCUCUUUCCAUCACCCCGCCCCCCCCAUUCUCCCUCUUUCCAUCACCCCGCCCCAUUCUCCUUCUUUCCAUCGCCGCGCCCCAUUCUCCCUCUUUCCAUCACCUCGCUCCGUUCUCCCGCUUUCCAUCACUCCGCCCCAUUCUCCCUCUUUCCAUCGCCCCGCCGCAUUCUUCCUCUUUCCAUCACCCAGCCCCAUUCUCCCUCUUUCCAUCACCCAACCCCAUUCUUCCUCUUUCCAUCACCCCGCCCCAUUCUCCCUCUUUCCAUCACCCCGCCCCAUUCUCCCUCUUUCCAUCACCCCGCCCCAUUCUCUCGCUUUCCAUCACCCCGCCCCAUUCUCCCUCUUUCCAUCACCCCGCCCCAUUCUCCCACUUUCCAUCACCUCGCCCCAUUUUCUCACUUUCCAUCACCCCGCCCCAUUCUCCCUCUUUCCAUCACCCCGCCCCAUUCUCCCUCUUUCCAUCACCCCGCCCCAUUCUCCCACUUUCCAUCACCCCGCCCCUUUUUCUCACUUUCCAUCACCCCGCCCCAUUCUCCCUCUUUCCAUCACCCCGCCCCAUUCUCCCUCUUUCCAUCACCCCGCCCCAUUCUCCCACUUUCCAUCACCCCGCCCCUUUUUCUCACUUUCCAUCACCCCGCCCCAUUCUCCCUCUUUCCAUCACCCAGCCCCAUUCUCCCUCUUUCCAUCACCCCGCCCCAUUCUCCUUCUUUCCAUCGCCGCGCCCCAUUCUCCCUCUUUCCAUCACCUCGCUCCAUUCUCCCGCUUUCCAUCACUCCGCCCCAUUCUCCCUCUUUCCAUCGCCCCGCCGCAUUCUUCCUCUUUCCAUCACCCAGCCCCAUUCUCCCUCUUUCCAUCACCCAACCCCAUUCUUCCUCUUUCCAUCACCCCGCCCCAUUCUCCCUCUUUCCAUCACCCUGCCCCAUUCUCCCUCUUUCCAUCACCCCGCCCCAUUCUCUCGCUUUCCAUCACCCCGCCCCAUUCUCCCUCUUUCCAUCACCCCGCCCCAUUCUCCCACUUUCCAUCACCUCGCCCCUUUUUCUCACUUUCCAUCACCCCGCCCCAUUCUCCCUCUUUCCAUCACCCCGCCCCAUUCUCCCUCUUUCCAUCACCCCGCCCCAUUCUCCCACUUUCCAUCACCCCGCCCCUUUUUCUCACUUUCCAUCACCCCGCCCCAUUCUCCCUCUUUCCAUCACCCCGCCCCUUUCUCCCUCUUUCCAUCACCCAACCCCAUUCUUCCUCUUUCCAUCACCCCACCCCAUUCUCCUGCUUUCCAUCAACCCGCCGCAUUCUCCCUCUUUCCAUCACCCAGCCCCAUUCUCCCUCUUUCCAUCACCCCGCCCCGUUCUUCCGCUUUCCAUCACCCAGCCCCAUUCUCCCUCUUUCCAUCACCCAACCCCAUUCUUCCUCUUUCCAUCACCCCGCCCCAUUCUCCCUCUUUCCAUCACCCCGCCCCAUUCUCCCUCUUUCCAUCACCCCGCCCCAUUCUCUCGCUAUCCAUCACCCCGCCCCAUUCUCCCUCUUUCCAUCACCCCGCCCCAUUCUCCCACUUUCCAUCACCCCGCCCCUUUUUCUCACUUUCCAUAACCCCGCCCCAUUCUCCCUCUUUCCAUCACCCCGCCCCAUUCUCCCUCUUUCCAUCACCCCGCCCCAUUCUCCCACUUUCCAUCAACCCGCCCCUUUUUCUCACUUUCCAUCACCCCGCCCCAUUCUCCCUCUUUCCAUCACCCCGCCCCGUUCUCCCUCUUUCCAUCACCCCGCCCCAUUCUCCCACUUUCCAUCACCCUGCCCCAUUCACUCGCUUUCCAUCACCCCGCCCCAUUCUCCCUCUUUCCAUCACCCCGCCCCAUUCUCCCUCUUUCCAUCACCCCGCCCCAUUCUCCCACUUUCCAUCAACCCGCCCCUUUUUCUCACUUUCCAUCACCCCGCCCCGUUCUCCCUCUUUCCAUCACCCCGCCCCGUUCUCCCUCUUUCCAUCACCCCGCCCCAUUCUCCCGCUUUCCAUCACCCCGCCCCUUUUUCUCACUUUCCAUCACCGCGCCCCAUUCUCCCUCUUUCCAUCACCCCGCCCCAUUCUCCCUCUUUCCAUCACCCAGCCCCAUUCUCCCACUUUCCAUCACCCCGCCCCAUUCUCCCGCCUUCCAUCACUCCGCCCCAUUCUCCCUCUUUCCAUCACCCAGCCCCAUUCUCCUGCUGUCCAUCACCCCGCCCCACUCUCCCGCUUUCCAUCACCCCGCCCCAUUCUCCCUCUUUCCAUCACCCCGCCCCAGUCUCCCGUUUUCCAUCAACCUCCCCAUUCUCUUGCUUUCCAUCAACCUGCCCCAUUCUCCCGCUUUCCAUCACCCCUCCCCAUUCUCCCUCUUUCCAUCACCCCGCCCCAUUCUCCCUCUUUCCAUCAUCCCGCCCUUUUCUCCUGAUUUCCAUCACCCCGCCCCAUUCUCCUGCUUUCCAUCACCCCACCCCAUUCUCCCGCUUUCCAUCACCCCCCCCUAUUCUCCCUCCUUCCAUCAUCCCGACCCAUUCUCCCUCCUUCCAUCACCCCGACACAUUCUCCCGCUUUUCGUCACCCCGCCCCAUUCUCCCGCUUUUCGUCACCCCGCCUCAUUCUCCCGCUUCCCAUCACCCCGCCCCAAUCUCCCGCUUUCCAUCACCCCGCCCCAUUCUUCUGCUUUCCAUCACCCCGCCCCAUUCUCCCCCCAUUCUUCCGCUUCCCAUCACCCCGCCCCGUUCUCCCGCUUUCCAUCACCCCGCCCCAUUCUCCCGCUUUCCAUCAACCCGCCGCAUUCUCCCUCUUUCCAUCACCCAGCCCCAUUCUCCCUUUUUCCAUUACCCUGCCCCGUUCUCCCUCUUUCCAUCACCCCGCCCCGUUCUCCCUCUUUGCAUCACCCCGCCCCGUUCUUCCGCUUUCCAUCACCCAGCCCCAUUCUCCCUCUUUCCAUCACCCAACCCCAUUCUCCCUCUUUCCAUCACCCCGCCCCAUUCUCCCUCUUUCCAUCACCCCGCCCCAUUCUCCCUCUUUCCAUCACCCCGCCCCAUUCUCUCGCUAUCCAUCACCCCGCCCCAUUCUCCCUCUUUCCAUCACCCCGCCCCAUUCUCCCACUUUCCAUCACCCCGCCCCUUUUUCUCACUUUCCAUAACCCCGCCCCAUUCUCCCUCUUUCCAUCAUCCCGCCCCAUUCUCCCUCUUUCCAUCACCCCGCCCCAUUCUCCCACUUUCCAUCAACCCGCCCCUUUUUCUCACUUUCCAUCACCCCGCCCCAUUCUCCCUCUUUCCAUCACCCCGCCCCAUUCUCCCUCUUUCCAUCACCCAGCCCCAUUCUCCCACUUUCCAUCACCCCGCCCCAUUCACUCGCUUUCCAUCACCCCGCCCCAUUCUCCCUCUUUCCAUCACCCCGCCCCAUUCUCCAACUUUCCAUCACCCCGCCCCUUUUUCUCACUUUCCAUCACCCCGCCCCAUUCUCCCUCUUUCCAUCACCCCGCCCUGUUCUCCCGCUUUCCAUCACCCCGCCCCAUUCUCCCGCUUUCCAUCAACCCGCCGCAUUCUCCCUCUUUCCAUCACCCAGCCCCAUUCUCCCUUUUUCCAUUACCCUGCCCCGUUCUCCCUCUUUCCAUCACCCCGCCCCGUUCUCCCUCUUUCCAUCACCCCGCCCCAUUCUCCCGCUUUCCAUCACCCCGCCCCUUUUUCUCACUUUCCAUCACCCCGCCCCAUUCUCCCUCUUUCCAUCACCCCGCCCCAUUCUCCCUCUUUCCAUCACCCAGCCCCAUUCUUCCGCUUCCCAUCACCCCGCCCCGUUCUCCCGCUUUCCAUCACCCCGCCCCAUUCUCCCGCUUUCCAUCAACCCGCCGCAUUCUCCCUCUUUCCAUCACCCAGCCCCAUUCUCCCUUUUUCCAUUACCCUGCCCCGUUCUCCCUCUUUCCAUCACCCCGCCCCGUUCUCCCUCUUUCCAUCACCCCGCCCCAUUCUCCCUCUUUCCAUCACCCAGCCCCAUCUCCCGCUUUCCAUCACCCCGCCCCAUUCUCCCUCUUUCCAUAACCCCGCCCCUUUCUCCCGCUUUCCAUCACCCCGCCCCAUUCUCCUUCUUUCCAUCGCCCCGCCCCAUUCUCCCUCUUUCCAUCACCUCGCUCCAUUCUCCCGCUUUCCAUCACUCCGCCCCAUUCUCCCUCUUUCCAUCGCCCCGCUGCAUUCUUCCUCUUUCCAUCACCCAGCCCCAUUCUCCCUCUUUCCAUCACCCAACCCCAUUCUCCCUCUUUCCAUCACCCCGCCCCAUUCUCCCUCUUUCCAUCACCCCGCCCCAUUCUCCCUCUUUCCAUCACCCCGCCCCAUUCUCUCGCUUUCCAUCACCCCGCCCCAUUCUCCCUCUUUCCAUCACCCCGCCCCAUUCUCCCACUUUCCAUCACCCCGCCCCUUUUUCUCACUUUCCAUCACCCCGCCCCAUUCUCCCUCUUUCCAUCACCCCGCCCCAUUCUUCCUCUUUCCAUCACCCCGCCCCAUUCUCCCACUUUCCAUCACCCCGCCCCAUUUUCUCACUUUCCAUCACCCCGCCCCAUUCUCUCUCUUUCCAUCACCCCGCCCCAUUCUCCCUCUUUCCAUCACCCCGCCCCAUUCUCCCACUUUCCAUCACCCCGCCCCAUUCUCUCGCUUUCCAUCACUCCGCCCCAUUCUCCCUCUUUCCAUCGCCCCGCCGCAUUCUUCCUCUUUCCAUCACCCAGCCCCAUUCUCCCUCUUUCCAUCACCCAACCCCAUUCUCCCUCUUUCCAUCACCCCGCCCCAUUCUCCCUCUUUCCAUCACCCCGCCCCAUUCUCCCUCUUUCCAUCACCCCGCCCCAUUCUCUCGCUUUCCAUCACCCCGCCCCAUUCUCCCUCUUUCCAUCACCCCGCCUCAUUCUCCCUCUUUCCAUCACCCCGCCCCAUUCUCCCACUUUCCAUCACCCCGCCCCUUUUUCUCACUUUCCAUCACCCCGCCCCAUUCUCCCUCUUUCCAUCACCCCGCCCCAUUCUCCCACUUUCCAUCACCCCGCCCCUUUUUCUCACUUUCCAUCACCCCGCCCCAUUCUCCCUCUUUCCAUCACCCCGCCCCAUUCUCCCUCUUUCCAUCACCCAGCCCCACUCUCCCACUUUCCAUCACCCCGCCCCAUUCUCUCGCUUUCCAUCACCCCGCCCCAUUCUCCCUCUUUCCAUCACCCCGCCCCAUUCUCCAACUUUCCAUCACCCCGCCCCUUUUUCUCACUUUCCAUCACCCCGCCCCAUUCUCCCUCUUUCCAUCACCCCGCCUCGUUCUCCCGCUUUCCAUCACCCCGCCCCAUUCUCUCGCUUUCCAUCAACCCGCCGCAUUCUCCCUCUUUCCAUCACCCAGCCCCAUUCUCCCUUUUUCCAUUACCCUGCCCCGUUCUCCCUCUUUCCAUCACCCCGCCCCGUUCUCCCUCUUUCCAUCACCCCGCCCCAUUCUCCCGCUUUCCAUCACCGCGCCCCUUUUUCUCUCUUUCCAUCACCCCGCCCCAUUCUUCCUCUUUCCAUCACCCCGCCCCAUUCUCCCUCUUUCCAUCACCCCGCCCCAUUCUCCCACUUUCCAUCACCCCGCCCCUUUUUCUCACUUUCCAUCACCCCGCCCCAUUCUCCCUCUUUCCAUCACCCCGCCCCAUUCUCCCUCUUUCCAUCACCCAGCCCCACUCUCCCACUUUCCAUCACCCCGCCCCAUUCUCUCGCUUUCCAUCACCCCGCCCCAUUCUCCCUCUUUCCAUCACCCCGCCCCAUUCUCCAACUUUCCAUCACCCCGCCCCUUUUUCUCACUUUCCAUCACCCCGCCCCAUUCUCCCUCUUUCCAUCACCCCGCCUCGUUCUCCCGCUUUCCAUCACCCCGCCCCAUUCUCUCGCUUUCCAUCAACCCGCCGCAUUCUCCCUCUUUCCAUCACCCAGCCCCAUUCUCCCUUUUUCCAUUACCCUGCACCGUUCUCCCUCUUUCCAUCACCCCGCCCCGUUCUCCCUCUUUCCAUCACCCCGCCCCAUUCUCCCGCUUUCCAUCACCGCGCCCCUUUUUCUCUCUUUCCAUCACCCCGCCCCAUUCUUCCUCUUUCCAUCACCCCGCCCCAUUCUCCCUCUUUCCAUCACCCAGCCCCAUUCUUCCGCUUCCCAUCACCCCGCCCCGUUCUCCCGCUUUCCAUCACCCCGCCCCAUUCUCCCGCUUUCCAUCAACCCGCCGCAUUCUCCCUCUUUCCAUCACCCAGCCCCAUUCUCCCUUUUUCCAUUACCCUGCCCCCCCCAUCUCCCGCUUUCCAUCACCCCGCCCCAUUCUCCCUCUUUCCAUCACCUAGCCCCAUCUCCCGCUUUCCAUCACCCAACCCCAUUCUUCCUCUUUCCAUCACCCCGCCCCAUUCUCCCUCUUUCCAUCACCCCGCCCCAUUCUCCCUCUUUCCAUCACCCCGCCCCAUUCUCUCGCUUUCCAUCACCCCGCCCCAUUCUCCCUCUUUCCAUCACCCCGCCCCAUUCUCCCACUUUCCAUCACCUCGCCCCUUUUUCUCACUUUCCAUCACCCCGCCCCAUUCUCCCUCUUUCCAUCACCCCGCCCCAUUCUCCCUCUUUCCAUCACCCCGCCCCAUUCUCCCACUUUCCAUCACCCCGCCCCUUUUUCUCACUUUCCAUCACCCCGCCCCAUUCUCCCUCUUUCCAUCACCCCGCCCCAUUCUCCCUCUUUCCAUCACCCAGCCCCAUUCUCCCACUUUCCAUCACCCCGCCCCGUUCUCCCACUUUCCAUCACCCCGCCCCUUUUUCUCACUUUCCAUCACCCCGCCCCAUUCUCCCUCUUUCCAUCACCCCGCCCCAUUCUCCCUCUUUCCAUCACCCAGCCCCAUUCUCCCACUUUCCAUCACCCCGCCCCAUUCUCCCGCCUUCCAUCACUCCGCCCCAUUCUCCCUCUUUCCAUCACCCAGCCCCAUUCUCCUGCUGUCCAUCACCCCGCCCCGUUCUCCCUCUUUGCAUUUCCCCGCCCCGUUCUCCCUCUUUCCAUCACCCCACCCCGUUCUCCCGCUUUCCAUCACCCCGCCCCUUUCUCUCACUUUCCAUCACCCCGCCCCAUUCUCCCUCUUUCCAUAACCCCGCCCCAUUCUCCCUCUUUCCAUCACCCCGCCCCAUUCUCCCUCCUUCCAUCACCCCACCUCAUUCUCCCGAUUUCCAUCACCCCGCCCCAUUCUCCCGCUUUCCAUCACCCCGCCCCACUCUCCCGCUUUCCAUCACCCCGCCCCAUUCUCCCUCUUUCCAUCACCCCGCCCCAGUCUCCCGUUUUCCAUCAACCUCCCCAUUCUCUUGCUUUCCAUCAACCUGCCCCAUUCUCCCGCUUUCCAUCACCCCUCCCCAUUCUCCCUCUUUCCAUCACCCCUCCCCAUUCUCCCUCUUUCCAUCAUCCCGCCCUUUUCUCCUGAUUUCCAUCACCCCGCCCCAUUCUCCUGCUUUCCAUCACCCCAACCCAUUCUCCCGCUUUCCAUCACCCCCCCCUAUUCUCCCUCCUUCCAUCAUCCCGACCCAUUCUCCCUCCUUCCAUCACCCCGACCCAUUCUCCCGCUUUUCGUCACCCCGCCCCAUUCUCCCGCUUUUCGUCACCCCGCCCCAUUCUCCCGCUUCCCAUCACCCCGCCCCAAUCUCCCGCUUUCCAUCACCCCGCCCCAUUCUUCUGCUUUCCAUCACCCCGCCCCAUUCUCCGUCCUUCUAUCACCCCGCCCCAUUCUCUUGCUUUCCAUCACACCGCCUUGAUCUCCCUCUUUCCAUAACCCCGCCUCGUUCUCCCUCUUUCCAUCACCCCGCCCCAUUCUCCCGCUUUCCAUCACCCCGCCCCUUUUUCUCACUUUCCAUCACCCCGCCCCAUUCUCCCUCUUUCCAUCACCCCGCCCCAUUCUCCCUCUUUCCAUCACCCAGCCCCAUUCUUCCGCUUCCCAUCACCCCGCCCCGUUCUCCCGCUUUCCAUCACCCCGCCCCAUUCUCCCGCUUUCCAUCAACCCGCCGCAUUCUCCCUCUUUCCAUCACCCAGCCCCAUUCUCCCUUUUUCCAUUACCCUGCCCCGUUCUCCCUCUUUCCAUCACCCCGCCCCGUUCUCCCUCUUUCCAUCACCCCGCCCCAUUCUUCCGCUUUCCAUCACCCAGCCCCAUUCUCCCUCUUUCCAUCACCCAACCCCAUUCUCCCUCUUUCCAUCACCCCGCCCCAUUCUCCCUCUUUCCAUCACCCCGCCCCAUUCUCCCUCUUUCCAUCACCCCGCCCCAUUCUCUCGCUUUCCAUCACCCCGCCCCAUUCUCCCUCUUUCCAUCACCCCGCCCCAUUCUCCCACUUUCCAUCACCCCGCCCCUUUUUCUCACUUUCCAUCACCCCGCCCCAUUCUCCCUGUUUCCAUCACCCCGCCCCAUUCUCCCUCUUUCCAUCACCCAGCCCCAUUCUCCCACUUUCCAUCACCCCGCCCCAUUCUCUCGCUUUCCAUCACCCCGCCCCAUUCUCCCUCUUUCCAUCACCCCGCCCCAUUCUCCAACUUUCCAUCACCCCGCCCCUUUUUCUCACUUUCCAUCACCCCGCCCCAUUCUCCCUCUUUCCAUCACCCCGCCCCGUUCUCCCGCUUUCCAUCACCCCGCCCCUUUCUCCCGCUUUCCAUCAACCCGCCGCAUUCUCCCUCUUUCCAUCACCCAGCCCCAUUCUCCCUUUUUCCAUUACCCUGCCCCGUUCUCCCUCUUUCCAUCACCCCGCCCCGUUCUCCCUCUUUCCAUCACCCCGCCCCAUUCUCCCGCUUUCCAUCACCCCGCCCCUUUUUCUCACUUUCCAUCACCCCGCCCCAUUCUCCCUCUUUCCAUCACCCCGCCCCAUUCUCCCUCUUUCCAUCACCCAGCCCCAUUCUUCCGCUUCCCAUCACCCCGCCCCGUUCUCCCGCUUUCCAUCACCCCGCCCCAUUCUCCCGCUUUCCAUCAACCCGCCGCAUUCUCCCUCUUUCCAUCACCCAGCCCCAUUCUCCCUUUUUCCAUUACCCUGCCCCGUUCUCCCUCUUUCCAUCACCCCGCCCCGUUCUCCCUCUUUCCAUCACCCCGCCCCAUUCUCCCUCUUUCCAUCACCCAGCCCCAUCUCCCGCUUUCCAUCACCCCGCCCCAUUCUCCCUCUUUCCAUAACCCCGCCCCUUUCUCCCGCUUUCCAUCACCCCGCCCCAUUCUCCUUCUUUCCAUCGCCCCGCCCCAUUCUCCCUCUUUUCAUCACCCCGCCUCAUUCUCCCUCUUUCCAUCACCCCGCCCCAUUCUCCCUCUUUCCAUCACCCCGCCCCAUUCUCUCGCUUUCCAUCACCCCGCCCCAUUCUCCCUCUUUCCAUCACCCCGCCCCAUUCUCCCACUUUCCAUCACCCCGCCCCUUUUUCUCACUUUCCAUCACCCCGCCCCAUUCUCCCUCUUUCCAUCACCCCGCCCCAUUCUCCCUCUUUCCAUCACCCCGCCCCAUUCUCCCACUUUCCAUCACCCCGCCCCUUUUUCUCACUUUCCAUCACCCCGCCCCAUUCUCCCUCUUUCCAUCACCCCGCCCCAUUCUCCCUCUUUCCAUCACCCAGCCCCAUUCUCACACUUUCCAUCACCCCGCCCCAUUCUCCCACUUUCCAUCACCCCGCCCCUUUUUCUCACUUUCCAUCACCGCGCCCCAUUCUCCCUCUUUCCAUCACCCCGCCCCAUUCUCCCUCUUUCCAUCACCCAGCCCCAUUCUCCCACUUUCCAUCACCCCGCCCCAUUCUCCCGCCUUCCAUCACUCCGCCCCAUUCUCCCUCUUUCCAUCACCCAGCCCCAUUCUCCUGCUGUCCAUCACCCCGCCCCACUCUCCCGCUUUCCAUCACCCCGCCCCAUUCUCCCUCUUUCCAUCACCCCGCCCUAGUCUACCGUUUUCCAUCAACCUCCCCAUUCUCUUGCUUUCCAUCAACCUGCCCCAUUCUCCCGCUUUCCAUCACCCCUCCCCAUUCUCCCUCUUUCCAUCACCCCGCCCCAUUCUCCCUCUUUCCAUCAUCCCGCCCUUUUCUCCUGAUUUACAUCACCUCGCCCCAUUCUCCUGCUUUCCAUCACCCCACCCCAUUCUCCCGCUUUCCAUCACCCCCCCCUAUUCUCCCUCCUUCCAUCAUCCCGACCCAUUCUCCCUCCUUCCAUCACCCCGACCCAUUCUCCCGCUUUUCGUCACCCCGCCCCAUUCUCCCGCUUUUCGUCACCCCGCCUCAUUCUCCCGCUUCCCAUCACCCCGCCCCAAUCUCCCGCUUUCCAUCACCCCGCCCCAUUCUUCUGCUUUCCAUCACCCCGCCCCAUUCUCCCCCCAUUCUUCCGCUUCCCAUCACCCCGCCCCGUUCUCCCGCUUUCCAUCACCCCGCCCCAUUCUCCCGCUUUCCAUCAACCCGCCGCAUUCUCCCUCUUUCCAUCACCCAGCCCCAUUCUCCCUUUUUCCAUUACCCUGCCCCGUUCUCCCUCUUUCCAUCACCCCGCCCCGUUCUCCCUCUUUCCAUCACCCCGCCCCGUUCUUCCGCUUUCCAUCACCCAGCCCCAUUCUCCCUCUUUCCAUCACCCAACCCCAUUCUUCCUCUUUCCAUCACCCCGCCCCAUUCUCCCUCUUUCCAUCACCCCGCCCCAUUCUCCCUCUUUCCAUCACCCCGCCCCAUUCUCUCGCUAUCCAUCACCCCGCCCCAUUCUCCCUCUUUCCAUCACCCCGCCCCAUUCUCCCACUUUCCAUCACCCCGCCCCUUUUUCUCACUUUCCAUAACCCCGCCCCAUUCUCCCUCUUUCCAUCACCCCGCCCCAUUCUCCCUCUUUCCAUCACCCCGCCCCAUUCUCCCACUUUCCAUCAACCCGCCCCUUUUUCUCACUUUCCAUCACCCCGCCCCAUUCUCCCUCUUUCCAUCACCCCGCCCCGUUCUCCCUCUUUCCAUCACCCCGCCCCAUUCUCCCACUUUCCAUCACCCCGCCCCAUUCACUCGCUUUCCAUCACCCCGCCCCAUUCUCCCUCUUUCCAUCACCCCGCCCCAUUCUCCCUCUUUCCAUCACCCCGCCCCAUUCUCCCACUUUCCAUCAACCCGCCCCUUUUUCUCACUUUCCAUCACCCCGCCCCGUUCUCCCUCUUUCCAUCACCCCGCCCCGUUCUCCCUCUUUCCAUCACCCCGCCCCAUUCUCCCGCUUUCCAUCACCCCGCCCCUUUUUCUCACUUUCCAUCACCGCGCCCCAUUCUCCCUCUUUCCAUCACCCCGCCCCAUUCUCCCUCUUUCCAUCACCCAGCCCCAUUCUCCCACUUUCCAUCACCCCGCCCCAUUCUCCCGCCUUCCAUCACUCCGCCCCAUUCUCCCUCUUUCCAUCACCCAGCCCCAUUCUCCUGCUGUCCAUCACCCCGCCCCACUCUCCCGCUUUCCAUCACCCCGCCCCAUUCUCCCUCUUUCCAUCACCCCGCCCCAGUCUCCCGUUUUCCAUCAACCUCCCCAUUCUCUUGCUUUCCAUCAACCUGCCCCAUUCUCCCGCUUUCCAUCACCCCUCCCCAUUCUCCCUCUUUCCAUCACCCCGCCCCAUUCUCCCUCUUUCCAUCAUCCCGCCCUUUUCUCCUGAUUUCCAUCACCCCGCCCCAUUCUCCUGCUUUCCAUCACCCCACCCCAUUCUCCCGCUUUCCAUCACCCCCCCCUAUUCUCCCUCCUUCCAUCAUCCCGACCCAUUCUCCCUCCUUCCAUCACCCCGACCCAUUCUCCCGCUUUUCGUCACCCCGCCCCAUUCUCCCGCUUUUCGUCACCCCGCCUCAUUCUCCCGCUUCCCAUCACCCCGCCCCAAUCUCCCGCUUUCCAUCACCCCGCCCCAUUCUUCUGCUUUCCAUCACCCCGCCCCAUUCUCCGUCCUUCUAUCACCCCGCCCCAUUCUCUUGCUUUCCAUCACACCGCCUUGAUCUCCCUCUUUCCAUAACCCCGCCUCGUUCUCCCUCUUUCCAUCACCCCGCCCCAUUCUCUCGCUUUCCAUCACCCCGCCCCUUUUUCUCACUUUCCAUCACCCCGCCCCAUUCUCCCUCUUUCCAUCACCCCGCCCCAUUCUCCCUCUUUCCAUCACCCAGCCCCAUUCUUCCGCUUCCCAUCACCCCGCCCCGUUCUCCCGCUUUCCAUCACCCCGCCCCAUUCUCCCGCUUUCCAUCAACCCGCCGCAUUCUCCCUCUUUCCAUCACCCAGCCCCAUUCUCCCUUUUUCCAUUACCCUGCCCCGUUCUCCCUCUUUCCAUCACCCCGCCCCGUUCUCCCUCUUUCCAUCACCCCGCCCCGUUCUUCCGCUUUCCAUCACCCAGCCCCAUUCUCCCUCUUUCCAUCACCCAACCCCAUUCUCCCUCUUUCCAUCACCCCGCCCCAUUCUCCCUCUUUCCAUCACCCCGCCCCAUUCUCCCUCUUUCCAUCACCCCGCCCCAUUCUCUCGCUAUCCAUCACCCCGCCCCAUUCUCCCUCUUUCCAUCACCCCGCCCCAUUCUCCCACUUUCCAUCACCCCGCCCCUUUUUCUCACUUUCCAUAACCCCGCCCCAUUCUCCCUCUUUCCAUCACCCCGCCCCAUUCUCCCUCUUUCCAUCACCCCGCCCCAUUCUCCCACUUUCCAUCAACCCGCCCCUUUUUCUCACUUUCCAUCACCCCGCCCCAUUCUCCCUCUUUCCAUCACCCCGCCCCAUUCUCCCUCUUUCCAUCACCCAGCCCCAUUCUCCCACUUUCCAUCACCCCGCCCCAUUCACUCGCUUUCCAUCACCCCGCCCCAUUCUCCCUCUUUCCAUCACCCCGCCCCAUUCUCCAACUUUCCAUCACCCCGCCCCUUUUUCUCACUUUCCAUCACCCCGCCCCAUUCUCCCUCUUUCCAUCACCCCGCCCUGUUCUCCCGCUUUCCAUCACCCCGCCCCAUUCUCCCGCUUUCCAUCAACCCGCCGCAUUCUCCCUCUUUCCAUCACCCAGCCCCAUUCUCCCUUUUUCCAUUACCCUGCCCCGUUCUCCCUCUUUCCAUCACCCCGCCCCGUUCUCCCUCUUUCCAUCACCCCGCCCCAUUCUCCCGCUUUCCAUCACCCCGCCCCUUUUUCUCACUUUCCAUCACCCCGCCCCAUUCUCCCUCUUUCCAUCACCCCGCCCCAUUCUCCCUCUUCCCAUCACCCAGCCCCAUUCUUCCGCUUCCCAUCACCCCGCCCCGUUCUCCCGCUUUCCAUCACCCCGCCCCAUUCUCCCGCUUUCCAUCAACCCGCCGCAUUCUCCCUAAUUCCAUCACCCAGCCCCAUUCUCCCUUUUUCCAUUACCCUGCCCCGUUCUCCCUCUUUCCAUCACCCCGCCCCGUUCUUCCUCUUUCCAUCACCCCGCCCCAUUCUCCCUCUUUCCAUCACCCAGCCCCAUCUCCCGCUUUCCAUCACCCCGCCCCAUUCUCCCUCUUUCCAUAACCCCGCCCCUUUCUCCCGCUUUCCAUCACCCCGCCCCAUUCUCCUUCUUUCCAUCGCCCCGCCCCAUUCUCCCUCUUUCCAUCACCUCGCUCCAUUCUCCCGCUUUCCAUCACUCCGCCCCAUUCUCCCUCUUUCCAUCGCCCCGCUGCAUUCUUCCUCUUUCCAUCACCCAGCCCCAUUCUCCCUCUUUCCAUCACCCAACCCCAUUCUCCCUCUUUCCAUCACCCCGCCCCAUUCUCCCUCUUUCCAUCACCCCGCCCCAUUCUCCCUCUUUCCAUCACCCCGCCCCAUUCUCUCGCUUUCCAUCACCCCGCCCCAUUCUCCCUCUUUCCAUCACCCCGCCCCAUUCUCCCACUUUCCAUCACCCCGCCCCUUUUUCUCACUUUCCAUCACCCCGCCCCAUUCUCCCUCUUUCCAUCACCCCGCCCCAUUCUCCCUCUUUCCAUCACCCCGCCCCAUUCUCCCACUUUCUAUCACCCCGCCCCAUUUUCUCACUUUCCAUCACCCCGCCCCAUUCUCUCUCUUUCCAUCACCCCGCCCCAUUCUCCCUCUUUCCAUCACCCAGCCCCAUUCUCCCACUUUCCAUCACCCCGCCCCAUUCUCUCGCUUUCCAUCACUCCGCCCCAUUCUCCCUCUUUCCAUCGCCCCGCCGCAUUCUUCCCGCCUUCCAUCACUCCGCCCCAUUCUCCCUCUUUCCAUCACCCAACCCCAUUCUCCCUCUUUCCAUCACCCCGCCCCAUUCUCCCUCUUUCCAUCACCCCGCCCCAUUCUCCCUCUUUCCAUCACCCCGCCCCAUUCUCUCGCUUUCCAUCACCCCGCCCCAUUCUCCCUCUUUCCAUCACCCCGCCCCAUUCUCCCACUUUCCAUCACCCCGCCCCUUUUUCUCACUUUCCAUCACCCCGCCCCAUUCUCCCUCUUUCCAUCACCCCGCCCCAUUCUCCCUCUUUCCAUCACCCCGCCCCAUUCUCCCACUUUCCAUCACCCCGCCCCUUUUUCUCACUUUCCAUCACCCCGCCCCAUUCUCCCUCUUUCCAUCACCCCGCCCCAUUCUCCCACUUUCCAUCACCCCGCCCCUUUUUCUCACUUUCCAUCACCCCGCCCCAUUCUCCCUCUUUCCAUCACCCCGCCCCAUUCUCCCUCUUUCCAUCACCCAGCCCCAUUCUCCCACUUUCCAUCACCCCGCCCCAUUCUCUCGCUUUCCAUCACCCCGCCCCAUUCUCCCUCUUUCCAUCACCCCGCCCCAUUCUCCAACUUUCCAUCACCCCGCCCCUUUUUCUCACUUUCCAUCACCCCGCCCCAUUCUCCCUCUUUCCAUCACCCCGCCUCCCCCAUUCUCCCUUUUUCCAUUACCCUGCCCCGUUCUCCCUCUUUCCAUCACCCCGCCCCGUUCUCCCUCUUUCCAUCACCCCGCCCCAUUCUCCCGCUUUCCAUCACCCCGCCCCUUUUUCUCUCUUUCCAUCACCCCGCCCCAUUCUUCCUCUUUCCAUCACCCCGCCCCAUUCUCCCUCUUUCCAUCACCCAGCCCCACUCUUCCGCUUCCCAUCACCCCGCCCCGUUCUCCCGCUUUCCAUCACCCCGCCCCAUUCUCCCGCUUUCCAUCAACCCGCCGCAUUCUCCCUCUUUCCAUCACCCAGCCCCAUUCUCCCUUUUUCCAUUACCCUGCCCCGUUCUCCCUCUUUCCAUCACCCCGCCCCGUUCUCCCUCUUUCCAUCACCCCGCCCCAUUCUCCCUCUUUCCAUCACCUAGCCCCAUCUCCCGCUUUCCAUCACCCCGCCCCAUUCUCCCUCUUUCCAUAACCCUGCCCCUUUCUCCCGCUUUCCAUCACCCCGCCCCAUUCUCCUUCUUUCCAUCGCCCCGCCCCAUUCUCCCUCUUUCCAUCACCUCGCUCCAUUCUCCCGCUUUCCAUCACUCCGCCCCAUUCUCCCUCUUUCCAUCGCCCCGCCGCAUUCUUCCUCUUUCCAUCACCCUGCCCCAUUCUCUCUCUUUCCAUCACCCAACCCCAUUCUCCCUCUUUCCAUCACCCCGCCCCAUUCUCCCUCUUUCCAUCACUCCGCCCCAUUCUCCCUCUUUCCAUCACCCCGCCCCAUUCUCUCGCUUUCCAUCACCCCGCCCCAUUCUCCCUCUUUCCAUCACCCCGCCCCAUUCUCCCACUUUCCAUCACCCCGCCCCUUUUUCUCACUUUCCAUCACCCCGCCCCAUUCUCCCUCUUUCCAUCACCCCGCCCCAUUCUCCCUCUUUCCAUCACCCCGCCCCAUUCUCCCACUUUCCAUCACCCCGCCCCUUUUUCUCACUUUCCAUCACCCCGCCCCAUUCUCCCUCUUUCCAUCACCCCGCCCCAUUCUCCCUCUUUCCAUCACCCAGCCCCAUUCUCCCACUUUCCAUCACCCCGCCCCAUUCUCCCACUUUCCAUCACCCCGCCCCUUUUUCUCACUUUCCAUCACCCCGCCCCAUUCUCCCUCUUUCCAUCACCCCGCCCCAUUCUCCCUCUUUCCAUCACCCAGCCCCAUUCUCCCACUUUCCAUCACCCCGCCCCAUUCUCCCGCCUUCCAUCACUCCGCCCCAUUCUCCCUCUUUCCAUCACUCAGCCCCAUUCUCCUGUUGUCCAUCACCCCGCCCCGUUCUCCCUCGUUGCAUUUCCCCGCCCCGUUCUCCCUCUUUCCAUCACCCCACCCCGUUCUCCCACUUUCCAUCACCCCGCCCCAUUCUCCCGCUUUCCAUCACCCCGCCCCAUUCUCCCGCUUUCUAUCACCCCGCCCCGUUCUCCCUCUUUCCAUCACCCCGCCCUGUUCUCCCUCUUUCCAUCACCCCGCCCCAUUCUCCCUCUUUCCAUCACCCUGCCGCAUUCUCCCUUUUUCCAUCACCCCGCCCCAUUCUCCCUCUUUCCAUCGCCCCGCCCCAUUCUCCCUCUUUCCAUCACCCCGCCCCAUUCUCCCUCUUUCCAUCAUCCCGCCCCAUUCUCCCUCUUUCCAUCACCCCGCCCCAUUCUCCCUCUUUCCAUCAUCCCGCCCCAUUCUCCCUUUUUCCAUCACCCCGCCCCAUUCUCCCUCUUUCCAUCGCCCCGCCCCAUUCUCCCUCUUUCCAUCACCCCGCCCCAUUCUCCCUCUUUCCAUCAUCCCGCCCCAUUCUCCCACUUUCCAUCACCCCUGGGGUUCGUGCGGUUCCCUUCAGAUGA